CCGAUUUAGUCGUUCCCAACGCGAAACACCGAGCGCGCCGUCCGAAAGUUGCACACACAACGUUCGUCCAAUAAAUAAAUAUUGUAAAUUAUUAUUGUAAACGUGCGCACAGACUUUAUUCAGAUAAAAAACAUCACAACAACAAUCGUGCAGUAGUCGUCGCGAGUGCGUUAAUUUCGACUCGUACGUACAAAAACGAAUUAUUCCGCGGUAUUUAUUAUAAUAUUAUAUAAUACGUUAUUAUUAUUUAUAUUUUAUUUUCAACCGAUUCUAGUCCCUUGUGAUCCCCGUACGAAUUAACACUAUAGUACAAUACUUUUAUUGUUGUUGCUGAUGUUAUUGUUAUUGUAAACAAAAGAGUUUUUACAUCGACCGGUAUCCGUUUUAACGUAAUCGUCAAGACGAAAUUACCGCACACAAUAUCUUUGAAAUAUCGUGGUCACGACAAGCGCAUUUUUAAAUAAUAUCCGUUUUGCGGCGCGCGCGCGUACGUACUCCAUCGCCAGUCCCACACCACUGCGGUGAUACGGAUAAACACUGUUGUUUUCCAGUCAAUUUCUCAGCGUCACUCCGUUUCCUUUUGAUGAGUCAAGAAUGGAAUUGAGACGACCGAAUUGCUGUAAUUUGUUGAACAGUGUCAAAGAUUUAAACCCGUUGGAUUAAAUGAUGGCUUCUCCUACGCCGUCUCUAGAUUCGUUAUCCGGAUUCAACACGUUCGGCCCGGACUACAAUAGAUCAUUGUCAUCUAGCCACUCACCAACCGACUCAGAUAGCAGCGGUUCGGGCGUGUCCACAGGUGGCAGUGGAACAAGCAACAACACUGGUCCCCGCAAAUGCCAGUUGUGCCAUGAGAUAUUCUCAAACCCGCGAGUGCUCCCUUGUCUGCACACUUUCUGUCACGCCUGCUUAGAGAAUAACCAGGACCAACCUGAGAAAAUCACGUGCCCCAACUGUCACCAGGAGUGUAUCCUUUCAAACCGCGGAAUAUCCGGACUGUUGCCAGACUUUACCGUAAACGGUUCGAUCGAGGUGAACCCUGACAAGUUUGCGGGAGUGUGCAAAGGCUGCAAGAAUCUCAACACAAACGUUGUGGCAUACUGUUACGACUGUCAGCAAACGCUGUGCGCAAACUGCAUGAUGGCCCAUCAAUUCAUGAAUUGUUUCGAAGACCACCGUCUGCACGGUCUGACGUUUGAGAACGGCGAUGACACUAAGAAUGCGUUCAUACCGACUAGCGUGGGCGACCGCGUGGUGUUCUGCUCUCGUCACAAGAACGAGUCGCUCAAAUACUUUUGCCGCACGUGCAACGUGCCCGUGUGCAAGGAGUGCACGCUCAGCGAUCAUCAGUUCAGCAUGCAUGACGUGGAGCACCUGAGCGACAUUGGCGUCAAGCUACUGGACAUACUCAACGGAACGGUACAGGAGAGCAAGGUCAAGGCGACCGACAUCCGCAACAUGGUCAAGAACAUCGAACACACAUCCAACAAGCUGCAGGUUCAGUAUCACAAAGCACAGAACGAAAUCAACGAGACGUUUGCGUUUUACCGGUCCAUGCUCGAGGAGCGCAAACAGGAGCUGCUGAAGGAGGUGGAGAGCGUGUACAGCGCCAAGCAGUUGACGCUUAAUGAGGCGUCGCAGAAGGGUUUGGAAGUGGUGGACAAGAUAUACCAGACGGGUGAGUUCGUUGACCGUCUGACCAAAAACGCCAAUGUGGUCGAGUGCUUGCUGUUCAAGAAACUUCUGGACUCCAAGUUACAGUCGUUGAUGAGCUACGAACCCGAUAACAACGUGCAGAACAUCUGCGAUCUAGAAUUCGUAUCCAACUAUCAGGCCAUACAGGUGGGCGUGCGGAACACGUUCGGGUACGUGCGGUCCAGCACCGAGCUGGGAGUGAUCGGGCCAGGCAAACAGCCGCCGAUCGCCCGUCCGACAAACGGUUCGUUGAUGAACGGAAAUUCGGCAAUCAUCACCAACGGUUGCAUGAACGGCGGCGGGCCCACGGACUUGCUGCAACAGCACAACGGCGGCAACUGCACCAACGGUGGAGGCGGCAACGGAGGCAUCAUCGAACGUCCUUACUCCAACGGACUGACGUCCACUAGCCCGCUGUCGUCCGGCCAGUACGACACCAACAACAUACUUUCCAAACGGUUUAACAGCGUCAACAGCUUGGGACCGUUCUCGGCCAGCUCGAUCGGUGACUUGAACUUGAACGCCAUCGGCAACAUGAACGGCAUCAACGGCAUGGGCGGCGGCAACGGCGGUAACGGCGGCGGCGGCGGUGGAGGUGGCAUGAACAGCAUCAACCCGUACGAGAAGUGGUCCAACGGCGGUAGCGGUGACAUAUUCCAAAACGGCAGCUCCGACUUCCCGCUGACCAUCGACAACAACGACUCCAUACUGGACCUGUCCAGCAAGCUGUUCACCGCGUCCAUAUUCCCGCCAAAGUCGCAAAUCAAGCGUCACAAAAUGAUCUACCACUGCAAGUUCGGCGAGUUCGGCGCCAUGGAGGGCCAGUUCACCGAGCCCAGCGGCGUGGCGGUGAACGCGCAGAACGACAUCAUCGUGGCGGACACCAACAACCACCGGAUCCAGAUAUUCGACAAGGAGGGCCGGUUCAAGUUCCAGUUCGGCGAGUGCGGCAAACGGGACGGGCAGCUGCUGUACCCGAACCGCGUGGCCGUGGUCAAGCCGUCCGGCGACAUAAUCGUCACCGAGCGGUCGCCCACGCACCAGAUCCAGAUCUACAACCAGUACGGACAGUUCGUCCGCAAGUUCGGCGCCAACAUACUGCAGCACCCGCGCGGCAUCACCGUCGACAACAAGGGCCGCAUCGUGGUGGUCGAGUGCAAAGUGAUGCGCGUCAUCAUCUUCGACCAGGCCGGCAACGUGCUGGUCAAGUUCGGGUGCUCCAAGCACCUGGAGUUCCCCAACGGCGUGGUGGUCAACGACAAACAGGAGAUAUUCAUAUCCGACAACCGGGCACACUGCGUCAAAGUGUUCAACUACGAGGGCCAGUAUUUGCGGCAGAUCGGCAGCCAGGGCAUCACCAACUAUCCGAUCGGCGUGGGCAUAAACGCCUCGGGCGAGAUACUCAUCGCCGACAACCACAACAAUUUCAAUCUGACCAUAUUCACGCAGGAGGGCCAGCUGGUGUCCGCCCUCGAGUCCAAGGUCAAGCACGCCCAGUGCUUCGACGUCGCCCUCAUGGACGACGGUUCCGUCGUGCUGGCCAGCAAGGACUAUCGGCUGUACAUCUACCGUUACAUUCAAAUACCUCCGAUGUUAAUGUAGAUCUCAUUAUUAAGCAUUCCUAAAAAUUAAAUCGAAUCGAGUCGCCAUGAAAAAAAAAAAAAAUGUCAACAGUAUUUUUUUUUUACUUUGUUAAAAAAAAGAUCUGUUUACGUUUUUUUUCUUUUCUUCUCCCCCACCCAAACUUAAAAAAAAAGUUGUUCGCUCUCUUUGUGUCCACUGCUCAUCACACAUUAUUUUGUUAUGCAAAAAAAAAAAAAAAGAAUGUCGCAGGUUUGUGCGCAUUUAUUA